UGCCUGCUCACCGGCUCCAACCGCGGCCUCGGGCGGGAGCUGGUGAAGCAGCUGCUGGGUGGGCCUCGGCCCCCAGCCUGGAUCUUCGCGACGUGCCGGGACCCCGAGGGGCCGCGGGCCCAGGAGCUGAGAGAUCUGGCAUCCAGGCACCCAAACCUGGUUCUUGUGAAACUGGAUGUUGCAAAUCCUGCAGACAUUACUGAUGCUGUGAAGAUUGUGGAGGGGAAGCUGAGUGGCACAGGCCUGAAUCUGCUGAUAAACAACGCUGGCAUUUAUGCCCCUGUGACGCUGGACACAGUGGACUCUGAAGAGAUGAUAAGGGCAUACAAGACCAAUGCAGUGGGGCCACUGCUGAUGGCCCAGGCGUUCCUUCCACUGCUGAAGAAGGCUGCCCAGGAGAGCACAGACAAGGGACUGAGUUGCAGCAAGGCUGCCAUCAUCAACAUCUCCACCGUUCUGGGGUCCAUUGGGAAAACUUCUGAGUCCUUCUUCAAGCCUGUCAUCUCCUAUCGCUGCAGCAAGGCUGCCUUGAACAUGCUCACCAAGUGCCAGGCUCUGACCUAUGGAGAGACUGGAAUCCUCUGCGUGGCGCUUCACCCUGGCUGGGUGAAAACUGACAUGGGCACCCAGGAGGCUGACCUGACAGUGGACACGAGUGUGCGGGGGCUGCUCUCCGUACUGCCGAUUCUGUCGGAGAAGCACAGCGGGAGCCUGCUCAACUGGGAAGGCAAAGCUAUUCCGUGGUGAGAGACAGCACAGCAUGUACUGCCCACCCC